CUGGGAGGGGUCGCAGGGAUCCAGCAGAGAUUGAAUUUCAACGGGACAGCAUUCCCAAAUACAUUUUUCAGGACAGUCAACGUGAGGCAGCGCGGGGACGGGAUCAGAACCUGCAUGAUCUCUGAGCGAACAACUGCGAGGUCGCUGUACCGCCUGGUCGUUUGUCUGGACCCAAAGUCACUGCCAAACAAGGAGUUUGUUUAUAUGACACACGGCCGCGGUGACAGGGAGGAACACAGAGGACCUGAUGAGCCACAGCAGACGAACAAUGUGAUUCUCCAUCCCGCCGUUUAACACGUAGCCACGUUUGCUUUUAAGUCCAGUCGCCCCCACGAAUUCUCAGGAGAGCGGUUCGCAGACCCGGCCCGGCCCGGCCCGCGGGAAUGGACAGCAGCGGCCCGCGAAAGGACGAAUCAGGAGGCGGAGGACCAGACGGGGAGAGCGGUGAACUUCUGAAGAACCACCUUGACUGUGAGGAAAAGGGAGAGAAGGAGACCAAAGGGAACGAGAGGGAGGAGAAGAAAGAGGGCCGGCGCUCCGGGUCCCUGUGGAGGAGCGGAUUGGCGCCGAGCGAGAGAGUCGCCAUCAACGUCUCGGGGAUGCGCUACGAAACUCAGCUCCGCACCUUGGCCCAAUUCCCCGACUCCUUGCUCGGGGACCCCGGGCGCAGGUCGCGCUACUUCGACCCGCUUCGGAACGAGCUCUUCCUCGAUCGAAACCGGGCCUGCUUCGACGCCAUCCUGUACUUCUACCAGUCAGGCGGGAGGCUUCGGAGGCCCGCGAACAUACCCCUGGACAUCUUCAUGGACGAGCUGAUGUUCUACGAGCUGGGUGAGGACGUCGUGAGCCGCUUCAAGGCGGACGAGGGCUUUCCGAAGGAGGAGGAGACGCCGCUUCCCUCGAACGAGGUCCAGAAACAACUGUGGAUACUGUUUGAGCACCCGGAGUCCUCGUCGGGCGCGCGCAUCAUAGCCAUCGUCAGCGUCAUGGUGAUCGUCGUGUCCAUCCUCAUCUUCUGCCUGGAGACGCUGCCCGAAUUCAGGAACGAGAAGGAGACGCGGGAGGAGUACUUUUACAAGUACCACUCCCAGGCGAAGAACGUGUCCGAGAACAUGCCUCUCCCGCAAAGUGUUUUCCACGACCCCUUCUUCCUGGUGGAGACCAUCUGCAUAUGCUGGUUCUCCUUCGAGCUCUUCAUGCGCCUCGCCUGCUGCCCCAGCAAGGUGCGCUUCUUCAAGGACGUCAUGAACAUCAUCGACUUCAGCGCCAUCCUGCCCUACUUCGUCACCCUGGGGACGGAGCUGGCCAAGGACAACGACGCCUCCCCGGCCACGUCUCUGGCCAUCAUCCGAGUCAUCCGGUUGGUGAGGGUGUUCCGGAUCUUCAAGCUGUCUCGUCACUCCAAGGGCCUCCAGAUCCUCGGGCAGACGCUGCGGGCCAGCAUGCGCGAGCUGGGCCUGCUCAUCUUCUUCCUGUUCAUCGGCGUGAUCCUCUUCUCCAGCGCCAUCUACUUCGCCGAGGCCGACCACGCCGACACGCACUUUGUCAGCAUCCCGCACGCCUUCUGGUGGGCGGUGGUCACCAUGACGACGGUGGGCUACGGCGACAUGUACCCGGAGACCGUGUGGGGCAAGUUGGUGGGCUCCAUGUGCGCCAUCGCCGGCGUGCUCACCAUCUCGCUGCCGGUGCCCGUCAUAGUGUCCAACUUCAGCUACUUCUACCACCGGGAGACCGAGUGCGUGGACCGCACCGAAUACAACCCCGCCCAGGGGGGCGCGCGGGAAGACGAGGGGCCGCCGCGCGGGCGGGACAUGGAGGACGGGGACGGAGACGGGGACUAUUUCGCCGUGGAGGGCGGCUGCAGCCCUUUGAACGGGGCGCCGUUGGAGUUCAGAGGAGGGGAGACGGGUCAGACUGACCCGCUGGUCACUCAGGUGUGAGGUGGGCGAGGUGAACGGCGUAGAAACGCAAACAGUGGAAUUGAAAAAUCUACAGUGGAGAUUAAAAUUCUCAAUGUAAUUUAUAUGCUGGAAUGCCAACUGAGUACUUUUUAUUGCCUCUUUUUAUAGCAAAAGCCGGUAAAAUGUCACUGAAAGACAACUUUUUGUAUAAUAUAGCUUGAAAGAAAAGCGAGAAAAAGAGAGUGAGUUUUACAUUCUCAGGGUCUUGAUAUGAAAAUGAUAUGAGAUGUUAUUUAUUAAUGCGAUCAGAGCUUGUGUUUGAAAAGAAAAUGCUUUGUGAAAAUCUGUUCUGUAAACUUUAAAGUCUUAGUGAUGUCACUUUUUGGCUUAAUGUUUGACGUGGAAGCAGAUAGAAUAUUGGCAAAAAUAAAUGUCAAGUCUCCUCCAAACCAAACACCAGCAGAGCUGCCGCUGCCUCGCACGAGAUCUCUUGUAAACUAUCCUCAUUAUUCUUCUGUAAGUAAUGUAACAAGUUCAUAUUUGUGCAGUUUCGAUUCGUGCGCCCUGAAACGACCUUCGGCAUUAUCCUCGUUAAGGCUGUAACACAACGCUAAAAAUGUGGAUGGAUUGCUAUUUACCUGCUUAAUUAUGCACUCAGUGUUUUUAAUAAAGUUUCUAUUUUACUAAUUUUCUGGAGAAAAAGAAAAAAAAACCCAUGUCGUUCCCGGGUGGCCUGUGGUAUUUAGCAGUGUUAUAAAAAUACAACAAAUAAUCCCUCACUGCUCGGCCGGGCUGCAUCUCUUGAGUCAUGCGGGUCUGCCAGAUCCGAUCCGAGUCACACAUUUAUGGCCGACCUUUUCCACAGCCACUAAGCCGCUGUAAGUAGCUUCCGCUAACGUUGAUCUCGGUUUCACUGGAACACUUGGCGGUGAUGGCCCAUGGAAGGAAUGUGUGCUAACGUAACACCGUGUAAAUGGGCCCGGCGGCGUGUUGUAGUAGUUUGUGUUACUGAAGGUAGUUCACCCCCCCCGUCCCCCGAACGGUAAAUAAAUAAAUACAAGACAUUUGGCACGAGAGUGAAGCUAAUAAUGUGCAACAUUGACAGAUUACAGAUCAGCACUGAGGAUGUACGUCAAGGUCAAAUAAAACCGGUGGGGUUAAAAAACACACACGUUUCUCCCCUGGGAGUCAACAUUUGUACAUCAGGUUACUUUCAGUUCUUGAGGAGAACUAAAUUUCUCCUGCCUGCAAGUAGAUCAGAUUGAGGACGGAUGUUUUAAAUGUAACGAACCAGCCGAGAGGCAAACAGAGUUUUGAGCGUUUAAUAAUAACAACAAUAAUUGGAUGCUUCGGUCACCGAGAAAAAAAAGAUUUAGUCAAUAUUCAACUUAAAAUCUGAUCAAUUUGAGGGGAAGAAAGCAAAGUUUGUAUAAUAGUGUUG